GGAAUUUAGGAUGAGGUAGUCUCUUUUCCACUGUAUGUUGAGGCAAUACGGUUCGCUUUUCAUGAAGAGAACAUGGUUCGCACUGCCGUCCGUGCUUUGACACUUAAUGUUUAUCAUGUUGGGGAUGACUCUGUCAAUAAAUUUGUCACAACUGCCCCUCAUGCGGAUUAUUUUUCAAAUUUAGUUUCAUUCUUCCGUCAGCAGUGCGUAGAUUUGAAUAGAUUGGUGUCUAACGCUCUAAAGACCCCAGGGCCUGAUUCAACUUCAACAAUUUCUGCUGCUGUAGAUGAAAUUGAAGACAACCUCUAUUAUUUUAGUGACGUUAUUUCUGCUGGCAUUCCAGAUGUUGGGAGGCUGAUAACAGACAACAUUCUGCUGCAUCUGAUUCUUCCAUUGCUUCUUCCAUCUCUAUGUACAGAUGGGAUUCAUGAGAUGUGGAUUAGUUCUAUCACUUCCUUGUAUCUACUUUGUUGCAUCUUACGAAUAGUUAAAAUCAAAGAUUUGGCGAACACCAUUGCUGCUGCUUUAUUCUGUCCCCUAGAAGCUUUCACCCCAUGUUCUCAAGUGAAACUCAAUGGGUAUGUUCCUAGUCAUAAUAUGCCGCAUGAAAACCAACAGCAAGACAGUGAUUGUGUUAGAAAGUUGGAUACUGCGCAUUUAAGUGUCAGAGUGCCUAGAACUUCUAGUUCUCAAAUUCAUGUUGAAGAUGGUACCACGCAAAGUAGUUGUAGCAGUUCAGAUGUGGGUUUGAGGGAGGCAUUGCUUUCGUAUAUACGGAAUGGGAAUGAUGUACAGGCCUUGGGUUCCUUGAGUGUGCUGGCUACAUUAUUGCAAACAAAAGAAUUGGAUGAAUCAAUGCUUGAUGCUCUUGGGAUCCUUCCUCAGCGCAAACAGCAUAAGAAACUUCUGCUGCAAGCUUUGGUUGGCGAGGGCUUGGAUGAGGAGCAGCUUUUUUCAUCUGGAGGGGGCUCUAUGAGAGAUGGUGUCAGUAGUGAGCUUGAUGGCUAUCUCCAGAAGUUGAAGGAGCAGUAUGGUGUGUCCUGUUCUUCUCCAGAUGUGGAAAUGAGCUCCCGUGUACAUAGGCAUCAGGUACUUGAUGCAUUGGUUGGUCUUUUCUGUCGAUCGAAUAUAUCUGCAGAAACAUUGUGGGAUGGUGGUUGGCUUUUACGCCAGUUGCUCCCCUACAGCGAGGCAGAGUUUAAUAGUGAUCAUCUCCAAUUGCUGAAGGAUUCAUACCAGAAAUGUGCCAAUGCCCUUCAACAGGAGAUUAGAGGUAUUUGGCCCGACCUACUCGUAACGGUGCUUACUGAUGAGUGGAAAAAGUGCAAAAAAGUAAUAGAGUCCUCAUCUCCGCGGAAAGAGCCAAAGGACAUAAUCUUACCGCCUGAGAAUUCCUCAACCAGAGAUAUUAUUGCUGGCGAAUCAUCAUUUACAGCAGGCGAAAAAAUGUGCGAGUUGGUGAAGGUUUUUGUUCUUCUUCAUCAACUUCAAAUUUUUUCACUUGGUAGGGCCUUGCCUGAGCAGCCGUCUAUCCAUUUCCAAGAUGAUGUACCUGUGAGCCCCCGUGCUACAACUGCUAGUCUGGAUGCUUCAGGUCCUAUGCCAGGCACCGAAUUAAAACUAGCUGAUGCUGUGCCUUGCAGGAUUGCAUUUGAGAGGGGUAAGGAACGCCAUUUUUCCUUUCUAGCAAUCUCUGCUGGCACAUCCGGAUGGGUUGUCCUUGCAGAAGAAUUACCAUUGACAGAGCAAUAUGGGAUUGUGCGGGUUACUGCACCUUUAGCUGGCUGUAAUCCUCAAAUAGAUGAUAAGCAUUCAAGAUGGCUGCAUUUGCGUAUCCGCCCAUCCACAUUACCAUUUUUGGAUCCUGCAAAACGUGGUGCAUAUGGGAAACUAAAGUCAAAAUCUUUAGUUGAUGGAAGAUGGACCCUAGCCUUCCGGGACGAGGAAUCAUGCAAAAAUGCUUUGUCUAUGAUUCUUGAAGAGAUUAAUCUACAAAGGAACGAGGUGGAGAGAAGACUAAAACCACUUCUCGAAGUUGAAAGAAUACUUGAUAAUUCAAAUCCUUCUUCAUCCCCUCUGGAGGCUUCUUCCUCUUCUGGUAUAAUGCUUUCGAAUUAGAUCAGAGUUGAUAUUGCAAUUGCCAUUCUCUUUACACUAUGGGGUGGGAAUAUUUUAUCUUGAUUUCACCCUCUUGUAUAUGUCCAUCAAGGCAAACCCAUAGAUAUACGGAGAAUUGUAGAUUAGUGCCCUCAGUUUAGUUUCAUUCUUUGUAUACUAGCUUCCUUUUCCCUGGUUUCAAGGUUUUAUUGGCUUGUCUUAUUCUUUGACAGUUCUAACCCCCCUACUAAUUUAUCCCUGUAACCAUGUUGUAUAUUCGAGGCCAAUCCUAUAGCAAAGCUCCUGUGCAAUUUUUUUACAGAUUGUAUUUUCACCAGCUUGAAGUUUCUGCACAUUUGGAUACCCUUUUGUGAACUUGUUCUUCUAUUAAUUGUACUUUGGUGUUGCUUUUUGGGUGAUCA